UCUGGCUUAUAAGCCAACCAAAAUGACACAUCAAAUGGUCGAAACUUUUGCUAACGGAAAUUACAGUCUUCCCACACGCAACUCACCUUUGAACAUAUUUUUUUUCGAGUGGGAUGCUCGCACAUAGAUAAUGAAAAACUAAACUUUUGCUAUCAUUUUGGUUGUUAGAGAGCUUUGAGGUUGUUUUUGCUGCUCUCCCGAGACUACAGACUACAGACUCUAUAGAGUCUCCAAUGAGUAGGCGAUCGGGCACGAGCAGUUCACCUAUGUAUCUAUCGCUGCGCUGCGAUGUAUUUUACAGAUAUUUUGCGCCAUUAGUAGUGGUUUAAAUCUUGCUGCGAUCGCUGUCGAGCUGUGAAGAUGCAGGCGUAAAAGUGCAAAGUUCUUGGAUGCAAACCCAACGAAAUCGAUUAGAAAGAAAGUAGAAAUUCAGAAAAAGAAAGAACUCAGCGAAAAAAAAAGAAAAGAAAGAAAGUCUCGAUAGAAAGAUGAGUGGAGACCAAGGUCACCGAAGAAGAAUGGGGGGUCCACCCCUGAUAAUGAUCCUGAUCCUGUUGGCGAUCGCACUAACCACCGAUGGCUAUAACAUCGAUCUGCCCAGCUACAUUCGAUUCCGGCAGUCGCCCAACUCGAUGUUCGGCUUUAGCAUUGCGAUGCACAAGUCUCGAAAUGGAUUCUACAGCAAUCAGAACAAUGUCAGUUUGAUCGUUGGAGCUCCCAAAUUCGACACAUCCCGUUAUCAGCAGGGCGUGUCGGAGGCCGGCGGUGUUUUCAAAUGCAGCCUGAACGAUGACGACUGCAAAUUGGUGCCAUUCGACUCCAAAGGCAACAAUCGGAAUGUCGACAAGGAGGUGGUGGACAGGAAAUCCUAUCAAUGGUUGGGCGCCACGGUGGCCACUUCGCGAGACAGUGACUUAGUUGUGGCCUGCGCACCGCGCUAUGUGUUCCACACGAUGACGCCAUCGAAGGCGUUCCGCAUUGAUCCCGUGGGCACCUGCUUCACCUCGCACAACUUCGAGCAGUUCCACGAGGUCUCCCCCUGCCGGACCAACAACUGGGGUUAUCAUCGCCAGGGCUCGUGUCAGGCUGGAUUUAGUGCAGCGAUCAACGGGAAUGGAUCGCGCUUGUUCAUUGGCGCACCUGGCAGUUGGUACUGGCAAGGACAAACCUACUCGAUACCGCCCGAUGCCGAGUUUCCAUUUAAGCCGCCUCUUUAUCAGCCCUUCGGCACUGGAGGUAUGGCCAGUUCCCACGACGUGACCCGGCCCGAGAACCAGGUCUUCUCCACCUCCGAGAGCGCCUCGGUGAAUGACGACUCCUACUUGGGCUACUCGAUGGUCACCGGUGACUUUGACGGCGAUCGCAGCGAGGAUGUGGCCAUUGGCAUGCCGCGUGGCGGCAAUCUCGUCGGCAGGAUCGUGGUGAAUCGUUGGAACAUGGCGAACAUCUUCAAUAUCACCGGUCGCCAAAUAGGCGAGUACUUUGGCUACGCGCUGGCGACGAGCGACGUGGAUGGCGACGGGCUGGACGAUCUGAUCAUCGGGGCGCCGAUGUACACGGAUCCCGACAAUGUGGAGGGCAAGUACGACGUGGGCCGCGUCUACAUCCUGCUGCAGGGCGGCCCCAGCGAGGAGAAGCGCUGGACGACGGAGCACAUCCGGGAUGGCUGGCACAGCAAGGGAAGAUUCGGCCUGGCCCUGACCACCCUGGGCGACGUGAACGGCGAUGGCUACGGGGACUUUGCAGUGGGCGCUCCCUACGACGGACCCGAGGGUCGCGGCGUGGUCUACAUCUUCCAUGGAUCGCCACUCGGACCGCUGGCCAAGCCGUCGCAGGUGAUCAAGGCGGAGCAGAUUGUCGAGGGAGCCCCGUAUCCGCGCACCUUUGGCUUCGCCCUGUCCGGUGGCCUCGACAUGGACGGCAACACCUAUCCGGAUCUCGCCGUGGGCGCCUACUCCUCCGACCAGGUCUUCAUCUUCAAGUCGCGGCCCGUGGCCGCUGUGAAUGCGGAGACCAGCUUCGCCUCGAACUCCAAGCUGAUCAGCCUGGACGAUCGCAGUUGCCAGCUGGUGAGGGACAGGAAGAAGGUGCCCUGCAUGCUGCUGGCCACCUGCUGGAGCUACACGGGCCGCUAUCUGCCCCAGCAGCUGGACUUCGAUGUCUCCUGGCUGCUGGACGCCAAGAAGCUGCCCAAUCCGCGCAUGUUCUUCCUGCGCGACGAGGGCAAGAAUAUCAGGAACCAGACCAUUCGCCUCAACUAUGGCCAGAAGUACUGUCUGAACGAGACCGUGUAUCUGCUGGACAAGGUGCAGGACAAGCUGACGCCGCUGGAGGUGGAGGCGCGCUACAAUCUGCGCAGCAGUCGCCCCCUGGAUCCUUUGGUCCGCCAGAGGCGGAGCAUCCUGGAGCCGGUGAUCGAUCAGAAUCGCGAGAUCGUCCUCAGGGAUGCCAUCAACAUUCAGAAGAACUGUGGACCCGAUAACAUCUGCGAGCCGGAUCUCAAGCUGGUGGUCAACACCGUGGACAAGUAUCUGUUUGGCUCGCCCGAGCCCCUGGUCAUCGAGGUGCUCAUCUCGAACACCAACGAGGAUGCCUUUGAGGCCGCCUUCUAUAUGGUCACCCCGCCGGAUCUGCAGUUCAGGAAGCUGCAGCAGCUGGGCGAGAAGAAGGACACGCCCAUCACCUGCUCGCCGCCCACGCCCGAAAAUAAUCACACGCUGAAGUGCGACAUCGGAAAUCCCCUGGAGUCGGGCAAGAUUGCCCACUUCAAGAUCAGCUUGGUGCCCGAGGAGAAGUACGGCAGCUCGUCCAGUUACGACUUCUAUUGGGAGGCCAACUCGACGAAUCUGGAGAAGCCGGGCUCCGAUUACGACAACAAGAUCCGCCAGAGCGUCGGCAUCUGGGUGGACACCGAUCUGGACAUCAAGGGCACCUCGCUGCCCGACUACCAGCUGUACAAGGCCGACGACUACAAGAUGCUGGGGAAUGCCUCCAAGGAGGACGAGAUCGGGCCGCAGGUGGUGCACAUCUACGAGAUCCGCAACAAUCGCCCCUCGAUCAUCGAGGAGGCGGAGGUGAAGAUCCAUCUGCCCUACGAGACGAUCAACGGCGAUGCGCUGAUGUAUCUGCUCAAUCAGCCGGAGACCGGUGGCAAGAUCACCUGCGACGAGGUGGCCGUCAACGAGUACAAUCUGCAGCUGGACGAGAAGCUGCAGCGCAAGUCGUAUCUGCAGGCGCAGGGUGCCAUUUCGAAUUCCGCCGAGGCCGCAGGCCAAUCAUCCUCCUCCUCCUCGAGCUCCUCCAGCUGGACCUCCGAGUCGGGUGGCCAUGUGGAGAAGGCCCAGGGCAAUGGCUACGUGCAGGGCGUUAUAGUUAGCAACACGACGGAUGCGGGCAACAAGCUGACGCCCAAACAGGUCCAGGAUCGUUUGGCCGAGGAUAAGCUGGAGUCGAUCGGAGAUGCCUCCAUCGUGCACCGCGAUCGCGCCAGUCAGGCUCUCGUCCAGGAGCCCCGGAUGAACCAGACCAGCUAUGCCAGUUUCUCCGCGAGCAGCUCCUCGUCUGGUGGAUCUCCCUUGGGUCACAGCACCCAGGGUCACAUACAAAUGGCCCGGCCAGUGGUUCAGCAGCAGGGCAGCUCCUCCUCCUCCUCCAACUACCGCACUUGGCCAAACCAACAGCAGCAGCAGAUCCUUCUGGCUGGCUCCGGAGGAUUGGGUUCCCCCGUUAGCUUCGGCGACAAGUCACAGUUCGGCGGUCGGCAGGGCAACUUCCACGCCGCCGGCUUCGAUCUGGGCACCCUGAAUCCUAGCCAGAGCCAGAGCCAGGGUCAGUUCCAGACGUCCAGCCAGGGCCACUACCAGGGCCAGAAUCAGGCCCAGUUCCAGGCGCCCAGGAAUCCCGUGCAGACCUCCUACCAGAGCCAAACGCAGUACAGUGGAGGAGCCGCUCCCGGCGGCUAUCAGACCACCCACCAUGUGACCUACUCGUCGGGCGGCAAGCCCUACUAUGGCCGAGAGAACGAGGACUACUACGACGAGGACAACCUGCAGCAGGCAGCGCCCAAUGGAGCUCAAUGGAGCAGCAGCAGCAGCAGCAGCAGCUCGCGUCGUUUGCGGCGAUCCCCGCAGGAGGAUCAGGAGGAGCAGCAGCCGCGCCAGAUCGAUUUGAAUUCGCCCUGCAAGUCGGCCAAAUGCAAGACCAUCCGGUGUGUGGUCACCAAUCUGGGCACCGAGGACGGCGAUGCCGCCUUCGUGGCCAUCCGGGCGCGCAUGGUGGCCAAAACGAUGGAGAAGCUGGCCUCGAACGUACCGCUCAAUGUGUCCACGCUGGCGGUGGCCAAUGUCAUCCUGCUGCCCUUCAUCGGAGCGCCCAAGGACGCGAUUGUGAAGACGCACGAGAUCUUCUACAAGGCGGAGCCGGAGCCGCUCCAGGUGCCCGAUGUGGUGCCCCUGUGGGUCGUCGUCCUGGCCGCCUGCGCCGGAGCGCUCAUCUUCCUGCUGCUCGUCUGGCUGCUCUACAAGUGCGGCUUCUUUAAUCGCAACCGGCCGACGGAUCACUCGCAGGAGCGGCAGCCACUUCGGAACGGAUACCACGGCGACGAGCAUCUGUAGGGACAUCCGCGAGGUCCUCCAAAAUAGCAAGAGAAUUAACAAAAGCCACGAAAUACUUCUAACAUCGCACUAAACCAAACCAAAAUGUACUAAAAACAACGAACAACGGCUCUAAGACGUACUAAAAUCGAGCGCUUAGUUGAGUUUACAAAAAAAUGCGAUGUCGACGGGAUUGGAAUCCCGAAUAGAUCACUUUUGAGGGAUAAGCCUGCUGCUUGGAAGAUACGAAAAAAAACAAAAAAAAACAACAUUUAAACUUGCCUAGUCACGACAUGAAGAACUUUCUAAUGCGUAAAGGUUUUAUAACUUUUAACAGAACACUUUAUUUUUUUUAUUUUUUAGACUUUUGUGUUUUUGUUUCAUUGCAAAAAUUUCGAGGAAAGUUAAAUAAGUGCUAUAUUAAUCUGUACUAAAGAAAGCAAGGAAGGAAAGAAAGAAAGCAAGUCGAAGGGAGCCUAGGCUAAGUGAAUGAAUGACUGAAAAUGAACUAUAUGACGACUGAAUGAAUGAGCUGGUGAAUGAGCGAAUGUGAGUGAUAGCCAAUAUGGAAAUAUCGAAGUUAUAAGUUCGAGAAUCGAUAAUCGAGAAACUGGGGAUAGUGUUGAGCAAAGUGCUGCCCUAUAUACUGCCACGCCCCAAAAAAAAAUUUGGGCAGCAGCCGAGGCAUGGAAAUUAAUACAGAGAAAAUCCACACUUAUUAGGUGCUACUCUAAUCUUUUUUUUUUUUAAAUCUAUUAUCACGUCUCUUCGGAAUACUUGGCGUUUUCCCAGCGCGGAAACCCAAUUCUUUUUCUGUGGACUAUUGUUUGGACAAACUCAAAGUUUGCCUGUUGGAGGAAAAGUUACAACGCCAAAAUGUGUUGAAAAAUGCAAAAGAAAUUAUUAAAAACAUAUUGAUUAAUCUAUGUAAUUCUUGAAUGUAAACUCUGUGUAAAUACUAAAAAUGAAAAACAAAAAAAAAAACAAAAAACGAAGAAGCGAAAGUAGGAGAACAGUUGAUUUGUUAUAUUUAAAUUAAUAUUGCAUUUAUUUCCUAAUUACAGUGGGAGAAGCGCUGACCGACUUCUUGCAGUGUACUCUCGAAAUAAACGAUCCCUGUCUGUAUCACUUAAAACCCCCUACUAAAAUGUAGUCUCGCCCGCUGCUCACAGCUAGUUUAGUUGAAUUAUACGCUACUGAUUAAUUUAUUAACUGUACUUAUUAAUGCGUGUCAUGAAUAAUGAUUGAUUGCCCCCCUUAUUUGUUUGCUAAUUUCUGUAUUACAUUUAAUGAUUUACCAUAAAAAUACAAAUAAAAAUGACGGUCGAGUUGUAAAAAUAAAAAA